CUGCAGAGGAGAAAUGGCUAUGGCCAAGGAAGACGAAGGAGUAACAGUAGAACAAGUAUGGCGCAGCGUGACGAUGUCAUUCGGAGAACUGUAUAUGUAUCUGACAUUGAUCAGCAGGUUACUGAGGAGCAACUUGCAGGUCUCUUUCUCCAUUGCGGCCAGGUUGUUGAUUGUCGUAUAUGUGGCGAUCCUAACUCUGUUCUCCGCUUUGCCUUCAUUGAGUUCACUGAUGAAGAGGGUGCCAGGGCUGCUUUGAACUUGGCUGGGACUAUGCUUGGUUAUUAUCCUGUUAGAGUGCUGCCGUCCAAAACUGCUAUUGCACCUGUUAACCCUACCUAUUUGCCAAGGUCUGAGGAUGAACGUGAGAUGUGCUCAAGGACUGUAUACUGUACAAAUAUUGACAAAAAGGUCACUCAGACAGAUGUCAAGCUCUUCUUUGAAUCAAUUUGCGGGGAGGUUCAUCGCUUGAGGCUGCUUGGGGACUAUCAUCAUGCAACUCGUAUCGCUUUUGUCGAGUUCUCAUUGGCUGACAGUGCAAUUGCAGCUCUGAAUUGUAGUGGUGCUGUCUUGGGAUCGCUCCCGAUCAGGGUAAGCCCAUCCAAGACACCAGUUCGGCCCCGUACUCCUCGUCCUCAUUUGCAGUGACAAGUCAGCUCUGUUGCAGUUUCUGGACUUACUAGCUGGGAAUAUAUAUUUAAAGUUACAUUAUACAUAGAUAGACACAGAAGAACAUUUUAGGUACUUGUGGCUUUUAUCAUGAUUUUGUCGAAGCUGUCUCACCCGAGCCCGGUAUCUUUGGUUACCCUAUGUUAUAGGAGGAUAGGUCCUUUUUCGAAGUAUGGUUUCUUUUACUAGCAUUAUACGGAUGGAUGGGACUUAGAGGACAUGAAUGGCUUAAUUUCUCAUGUUGCAAAAUCCUUGUGUCAUUUUUGGGAUGAUGAUGAUUCUCCCAAAUUCGACCAGUCUUUGUUUUUCAGUGUAUGUAUCUGACAACUCCAGAUUGUUAAAUAGGUCAUUUAACAAGUCUGUUUUUCCCUUCAGCAUA